AUGGAUAGUAGAGCAUUAUUUAUAAAAUUAAUUCAAGGUCUGGCAAUUCUCGCCAUUUUGGCGGUCUUCAGUAAUAAUUUAUACUCUCUAAUUAAAAGGGUGAACGUAGUAACACAGUCGUUUUCGGUUGAAACAAAGACUGCAUUGGUUCCUCCAGCGUUAACAUUUUGUAUUACAAGACAAGUGGCUUAUAGAUUUACUUUAGAACUUUAUGGUGUAGUAAAAGCUACGGGAGACUCUCCUGCUGAUUAUCUUAGCACUUACAACAAUGAAACUGUGGAAUUAAAAGGUUUGACUAAUACUGUUUAUAAAUGCUGGAUCAUAAAAGCACCAGAUAACUCUGAAGUUAUUAAAAAUCCAUCUCCAAAUCCCCAGGCGGAUGACAUGCGAUUUAAUUAUACCCGCAUAUUUGACACUCCCGGACGAUUUCAACCUGCUGAUCCAAUUGUUCUAAAUGUUUUCGACCCAUUAAGACAAAAUUCUAAUUUUGAAGUUAACAAGUUUUUAUUACUUGAUACCGAUGUUAAUCGUGCAAUUAGUUUCUCCCGAGUUGAGUCACGCAGUAGAAAUCAAACUGUCACCAGUGACAUUAAAUAUAAUAUUAUAGACGUGUUUAGAGACAAUCUUACAAUGACUACACCUAAUAAUGCGACUAGCUCUGUUAGAAUUAGACCAGAUUCAUUCGACAUAGCUAUAACAACUGAUGUUGUAAACAUCGGUCCAUGGGAUGUCAUAAUAUUUAGUGUUACGUUACUAGGUGUAUUAUCAGGUUUUUACUUUGCUUUAGUUGGGCGAGGUAGAUAUAGACCAUGGGGAUUGAUUAAUUACAUACUUCGUUAUUUUCCGGUUGAACACAUGAAAGAAAAAGGUAGCGAUCUUUUCAUUCAAGAAGAAGGUCGGAAGGGUGAUGGAAGCAUGAAUAUCUCAGAAAAAACUAAUGAACCGAAUAUUUCGGAAAUUCUAAAGAUUUAUUUGGAUAGAUUUGAACUUGCAAAAUAUGACAAAUGA